AUGUACACCAUCACUCCCACCAACCGCUUCCUAGUCCUCUCUGCCACUGUAUCUGGCCCAUACGACCCCAGUAACAAGUUCCUGGUGCUGUCCCCCACUGAGUCUGGCCCCGACCCUCGCGUCUGGGAAGACCAGCUCCAGAUUGAGACCGGCUCAACCGAGCAGAGCCCUGAGAUAGCUCCCAGCCGUGCUCGUACCAACAGCUCUCUUUCAACUUCCUCUACAUCCUCUCUCAAUGACCUCGUUGCUACUCUCCCCAACGGGUUCCUCUACCUUGGUCAUGGCAAGAAGCACUAG